AGCCGGCCGCCCUCGACAUCCCCCUGGCUCGCCUGACCGUGUCCUACUGCCGGAGCAGCGGCCCUGGAGGGCAGCACGUUAAUAAAGUCAAUACCAAGGCAGAAGUUCGAUUCCACCUGGCAUCAGCAGACUGGAUCCCAGAAGCCACAAGACAAAAAAUGGCAUUGAUGCACAGGAAUAAGAUAAACCGAGCUGGUGAGCUGAUCGUGAACUCUGAAGAGAGUCGCUACCAAAUGAGGAAUCUGGCGAUUUGUUUAGAAAAAAUCAGAACCAUGGUCACAGAGGCUACUGAGAAGCCCAAGGUGGUGUCUAAGGAGACUACCCAGAAAUUCAUAGAGAGGGUGGAAAAGAUGAACCGUGAACGACUACGACAGAAAAAGAUACACUCAAAUAUAAAACAGAGCAGGAAGGCUGACUUUGACUGAGAACAACAGAGAUGGAAGUCCUUGGCCUAGCAUCUUUUUAAAGAAAUGAAAUUGGCAGCUGUAGAUAAUGCUAAACUCAUGAGCUGGAUUGAAUAAAACUGGUCUAAAAACAUAAAUAAAAA